AUGGAUGCAAGCCAAGGAUUGACUAGCUCAGAGCAGGUUUUGAGCCCUGAAGAUGUCUUUAUCGCGGUAAUGGGCCUCACGGGCGUGGGGAAAUCGACCUUUGUGACUCUGUGCACACAGAAGGAGAUUCCCAUCGGCCACCACCUUGAGUCAUGUACAUCCUCUGUGUCCAUCUUCUCAUUUCAGCACAAGUCCCAAACAGUCCACCUCAUUGACACGCCAGGCUUCAACGACACCACACGCUCCGAGUCAGAAGUGCUUCAAGAAGUUGCAUAUUGGCUUUCUGCCGCGUACGGCAAGACGGGCACAAAGCGAGAAAGCCGCUUUCUCCUUAACGGCAUCAUCUACCUCCAUUCUAUCGCUGACGUCCGAUGGAGCGCGUCCACGCGUCGAAGCCUCAACAUGCUUCAAACCAUCUGCGGGCCUGAGAACUACGACGCCAUCGUCCUAACCACGACGUUCUGGGACCAAGUCGACAAGACCACGGGCAAUGCACGUGAAGCACAGCUCCUGAAGGACAUGAACAAAUGGGGUCAAUUGGUCCACGGUUCCCCGAAGAGCUCGGUGCGGCGACAUGACCAGGGAUAUAAAUCCGCCAUCAGCAUUGUUGAUCGCAUUAUGGAACGCAAUGUCAAAUACGACCUGCUGAUUCAAAAGGAGCUUGCGAAGCCUGGUGCCACCUUGUACGACACCACAGCCGGUCGCGAGGCACAAAUGUUGUGGGAGAAGGACCUCGAGCGAUUCCAAGAAGAAUUGAACAAGGCCAAAGAAGCCUUUGACGCCAGCCAACGGCGGUCGGAUACCGCUUUCACAAACGAGAUUCAGAGUCUGAAAUCGUCGAUAACGGAACGGAAGUCGGCGCUCAAUGACCUCCUCCUACCCAAGGCCGAGCUCGAGAGCCGCUGGGUGUCGAGAAAUACUCGUGAGGUGGAAAUGCUCGAGCGGAAAAUCAAUGAGUGCCAUCACACCAUUGAGAACUUACUCAAGCGGGCCUCGACACCCGUGGACGGUGGUCUCAGCCUUUUCCCGCUCCGAACGGGCGAUGAGUCUGCUCCUUCAUCAUCGUCAUUGUCAACGACGUCGUCGUCGGUCGAGAGCCUGCUGCUCACGCAAGAGCGUCGUCGACAGAAAGACCUGAUGGCACAGAAAAUGGCGAAGCUGACGGCGAGGAGCCUCUACGCCGGCGCGGCGGGGGCUUUAUUCGGAGGCGUGUCGGCCGGGGUCUCGCUGUUGCCUUAUUUGGCGUCGUGUUCUGUCAUGUGA